CGGGUUUACGAGACUAUGAAAACCGCGGGAUUAAAAUAAUCGAAUUUCGCCAAAUCGAGGUUUUGCAUACCAAAAACUAAACGUUCCACAUUCCGUUGGGUUCCAGCUUCAGUGUUCUCGCGAUACGUGUUUUGCAAAAACAGCUGACUGACAUAUCUGGAUUUACGUGGUAGAGCUAGGGAUCCUGUAUUUAUUUUUGCCCAAGGUAGCUAAUUUAGCUAGAGUUCAUUUUACACCACUUCAUAACACGCGUGUCGUGCAGAGGGAAAACAUGGCAGACACUGAUCCAAAGUCAGUUCAGGACCUUACCAAUGUGGUCCAGACGCUGCUGCAACAGAUGCAGGAUAAAUUCCAGACCAUGUCAGACCAGAUCAUCGGAAGAAUUGAUGAGAUGAGCACCCGCAUCGAUGACCUGGAGAAGAACAUUGCUGACCUCAUGACCCAGGCAGGCGUGGAGGAGAUCGAGGGGGUCAAGGAACCACAAGUCAAAGAAGGACAAGGGUCAUGAAGGUUGCCAGACGACAAGCUGUCAAGGACUUUCUUCAGGAGCAGCAUACUCUUCCACUAUAACCAUGAACUAUUUUGAUUUAGUGUGUUGUGAAAUGCUUUUUUAUAUUGACUAUUGUAAUAAAAGUAACAGUUCUAAUGUAGUGACUUGAAGAUGUGUUAUUUGUAAAUGAGUAUUUCUCUCAGAACUUUUCAGCCCUGUUAGUAAUGGUUAAUUGAAGUAUACAGUAGAAGCCAGUGAUAUUAGCAGCACUGUGCCAAGUGGAAUGCAUUCAAAAUUCAACAGAUUUUCUUCUAUUAAAGUUAUUUAAUACAAACAAA